AUGGACUGCUUCUUCACAAACAUCAGACGCCGUGCCCUGGACAAACUUGCAACUUUAUCCGUCACAGAAGCAGGCUGCGAUAACCUGUCGGACGUCACGCGGCUCUCUCAACGAUGUCCGCACACAUCGAGUCGUUCGAACGUCUCGCCAGAUGGUGUCGUAAACAAUAAGAGAACGAUCUCCCAAUUGCCGAUGGAUUCUAGAGAAUUGGAUGUACUUCUCGCUUUAUGCGAUGCUGCGCCUUCGGUUACCAAAUUUGAUCACGCUUCGAAAUUGGUGUCGCAACUGUUCCCCUACCUACCCGAGUCUCAUAGCCAGUGCUUUCGGCCGUCCCCUUUCCUGAAUGACAUGAAGCCCUCACCUUGGGAGACGCUCACUCACAAACUGACAUCGUCACUGCUCUCACUGGGCUCCAAUUUUCCUCCGUUACGCUCAGCCACUCUCAGCGCUGUCAACGAGUACCUAUAUAGCUGUGUGGAUGCUAUUGAUGCCAUUACACCUCUUCAGCGCUACGAUUCUGCAGGCGACAAAUACGGGGCUGUUCAAGAGCACAAGCGUAUUCUAUCACUCGCCGUUUCUCUUGUUGGAUUUUUAGAAGCAUCGGCACAGUUUCCUUCACUUUGGUCUGCCAGCGAAAAACUGCAGAUUGUUGAGCACGUACGAUCCAUGUUGUCUGAAAGCUUCAUGGUUGCAAUUGAGACCGCCUCAUCCACUGUCCGAAAUGCGAGCAUGGCUGAUCCUACAUUGAGGGACUGGAGAAGGUACACCCGACAAUAUGCUGCAAACAGACGUCCUCUAGGCGCUAUGCUUCUGCAACAAGGGUUCAUGCGUUUCGUCAAAUCAUGCGCUACUUCCCUUGUGGGAGCUCAAAAUUUGUCUGAUGAAGAGCUUCUCGACGACUACAUGAAUGGGGUUGGGAUUGCCAGGAGUAGCGAUGACGCUGAAAUCACCCUCAUUGAUCGUAUAACAGAGAUAAUUGCUGACGAAAUUCAACUCCUUGAGGAUGGUUCCGAUUAUCUUCAACUGGGUUCACCCUGGCAAAAACAGCUCACCUUUUCUGUGAAAGCGUUUGCUCUUAUUGGAUACUUGAACUGCGUCAUAUUGAGUGGAAAUGCUGCUAAUAGUGGGGCCUUUCUAUCCUGGUUGGAGGACACACUGGCAGACCCCAACCAGAUGGCAAGUCUCGAGCUUGCAACGGCCACCCUGAAAAGCAUAGCUAUCAUCUCAAGGAUGUCUCUGGCCAGUGCAUCCUCUGGAAGCCGCUCUCUUCUGAGGUUCAUUAUCGAAGGGCGCGUGCUAGGAGAAUAUACUGGCUCUGUUGCUGGAAAGUGUCUGGCUCAAGUACUUGGCAUUCUGUCUCAAGAUGCCGUCAUAACGACUCUCUACUCGCUCGGGAACGCUUUGAGCCCUGGCUCAGGCACUGACAAAUAUUAUCAUAAUCAGCUCUUGAAUGAGAAUGCUGGGCAACCCGACAGUGUUUCUUCCGUUCCACCACCAAUUGGCAAUGGUAGUACGGUCUCCAUUUCAGCCACUGGUGACCAUGAUAAUGCAACGUGCAGAAACAUUCUCCGUGCUAUUGUGACAAUUGCCACCAGCUCUAAUGAUGAGAAAAUUAGUGCGCUAGCUCAGUCAAUGCUUUUACAGAAGAUUGGCAAAGUCAACAUUGCAGUGGAUGCUCUCAUCAUCAGAGAAACUGCCUCCCUCUCCCUGAGCACAGGACAGGCGGAGUUUCAACUCCUCCUCAAAUUCUAUGACCGUGCUUAUCAAGACAGUAUCGCCCGGAAUUUUAGUGAUGUCGCAAAUGCAGUCAAGGGUGCAAUGACAUACAUAUCUCUCGCGCUGAGAAGGGAUUCCCCGCUUUUUCGGGUCUAUUUGAUUCAUCUCUUGGAAUGUAUUGUGAAUAAAGGCGAUGCAGUAAGUGAAAGCGAGCGGCAAAAGGAGGUUAUUCUAGCACCAGAGGCCAUCAGUUUUCUUCUCAGACCUCUGGCUCUCCUCAUCUCAUCAGACGAAGAGGGAACUGGGACACAACAGACGGAUGUGAUUUUUGACGAAGACAUCACUGCCCUGUUUCGUGAUGCUUGGUUUAAUAUCUCUGUUCAUGGAAUCUCGACUCAGUCAGCUGUUACUCAAAGUCAUAUUCGAGAAUUACGCUUGCUGGCAAAGCACUCUCCGCCCCUGAUCGCCGAGAAUCGCAUAGAGAUGCUCGAGAGUGACGUGGAGCUGAACACGAUCCUUAGACGCGGAAUGAGCCCCCAACGGUUGAUAGAGCUCAAGAGAAUUCUUAUGGCCGAGCUUCCUGAUUGCGAAUCCGGGAUUAAACAUCUGAAUUAUCCAAAAGUGGUCUUCCUCAACGCUUCUUUGUUGGUUGAGAGCCUCCGUGCGUCGUUAGGAAAUUGCACUAAAGUUCUCAGUUAUUUCCGCGACCCAGCCUUGACUACAGCUGACAUGGCCAGUUGCAUGAGCUCCAUUGCAGAUAAAGUCGUGGCUGACUACCUGUCCCUGACCCUAUCUGCGAACGAUGAGAAUUUCUCUGUUCCAUACUUGUCGAAGGAAUUGGCUCAAUUCUUCAUGGCUUGCUGUCAUCGUAUAGAACGAGUGCAGAGCGUCGCCGUGCUUUGCGCCGAUAAGAUCAUUAGAGAAUGCCCAUCGGCUCUCUGUGAUAAACAUUCCCUUUUCGCUCUUCUUGAAUUGCUGACUGUAAUGUGGCUGUCGUGUCUUGAGGAAGAGCUCGAUGAGUUCGAGUGGAAGGCUUCCUGUGCAUCACCAAUGGGAAUUGUGAAGGUUGAUCUUGCCGACAACUACAAUGCCAGGAAGAGAACUCUGAAUACACUACUUGAGCGAGCUAAAGCGUGGGUAGCAGCGGUUAUAGAUAUUGCACCUCUGGAUGUGAAAGGCCUUCUCCAGACAUACCUGUCCAUUUCCAACGACACCGUUGACGGCAGCCACAUUUCGUUGGGUCGUUCAUUCGCUCUGGAUAUGGGCUCCACAAUUCCCCGAAGCGAUCAGCGACUCGGGUGUAUUCAGAGCUCCGGGAUUAGCAAGGUCAACGUUGCCUCUGACUUUAUUGCUCAAUACACCAUCCGCCAGCAGUACCGGGCCCCAAACCUGCUCGUGGCGAAAUAUUUGGAACAGGGAUCCGAAGAAAACAAUGGCGAAGACUGUAGAAAGAUCGCACGGAGCCUUUUGGAAUCCAGCGAGCAUGUCAAGAAAAUGCUGCAUCGUCUCCACAAUCAGCUCAAGGCGGGAAAUAGUGUUGUCAUUUCUGAAUUCAGAGAUACGCUGCGAAGAGCUGCUGCUGUUUUGUGUGGCUCAGACUACUUUCAGCCCUCAGUUCUUCACUACCUGAUCAUUUGCCCAUUUCAACUGUUCUCAGAGGAGUCGAUGAACGUUGGUGUUGCACUGUGGCUCGGAGCGAUACAUGAGAAUCCAAAGCUUGGACCGAGGAUCCUCGCAGAAGUGAUAGAAGCUUGGGAGGAGACUAUUCAGCGCAGGGAGGGUUUGUUCGACCUUUCUUUCGACUACGUUGACCCGAUGUAUACGAAGAUUGAGCUUCUUCCUAGUGACAAAGCUCUAUUGUUGAAGAAGCAGCAGAAGGCUCAGGCCACUCUCGCGCCGCAUCUUAUUGCCCUUCGUUUUUUCGAGAGCCAUUUUAAUGCCGUUCGAUUAAACAGCUCCCAAAACCGCCGGCUAUUCGGUCGUCUUAUUGAUAGGACGACUGUCGGGCUUCUGCAAACAAGAGGCCACCCCUUGGCUAGAGAGUUGCAUUUCCGUAUUGUUCUCUUUGGUUUAAGGGUUAUACAAGAUUCUUAUCAACCAGAAAAGGUUGCUUUGUGGAAGCUCAGCGAUCAAAUAUUGUCUGCUGCGCUCGAUUGGUUCAAGCAUCCGCCGAGGUGGUCCUUUGGGGGCAACAGGUUGCAGGUCAAAGCCGAAGACCAAAUACUUGAAGACGUUAGCCGUGCUUUACGUCGACUUUCGACUGUGCCCUCUCACGCACGAGGCAACUUCAAGCCGCUGCAAGCCAAGCAUGAUCUUCUUCAGCUGCUCAUAGACCAUGAGAGAUCUCGUCUAAGAGUCUGGCUAUUUCCUUUAGAAGGGGAUCGAAAGCAUUUCCAGAUAUCUGGAAACAGAAACUCUGCAGAGGAAGCUAUUCAUUUUCUGCGGCUUGCCUGGGCUGAGAGUCCGGGCCUAGCGAUCCAACUUUCGUCGCGCUACUCGUCCCCAAAGAUGAAGAAUGAUAUACGUUGGUUACUGCUCAAUUUCCCUGAGAAGGCUUUGGACGAGCCGAGCAGUCUCGAGGUCAUGCUGGGUGCAGCACUGCCUUCGGAUGUCUCUUUUCAGUUGAAGUAUUUGUUAUAUUGGGCAGCAGUCAAUCCCACGGAAGCUUUGACUUAUUUCUUACCAGCAUAUGGCAAUCAUCCAUUUGUUCUACAAUACGCCAUGAGAGCAUUGGAAAGCCACCCCAUAGACGUUCGUUUCUACUUUGUCCCACAGCUCGUUCAGGGUUUGCGGUACGAUGCACUGGGCUAUGUAGAGCGUUACAUCCUCGAGACAGCCAAACAAUCGCAAUUGUUUGCCCAUCAAGUGAUUUGGAACAUGAAAGCCAACUCUUAUAAGGACGAAGACUCCCAGAUUCCCGACCCGCUCAAGCCGACUCUUGACCGUUUCACGGACACUCUCAUUUCUAGCUUCAGCGACGAGGAACGUGAUUUUUAUGAAAGGGAGUUUUCUUUCUUCAACGACAUCACGGGUAUAUCAGGAAAGCUUCGGCCAUAUAUCAAGAAAAGUAAACCCGAGAAGAAGGCGAAGAUCGAGGAAGAACUUCGAAAAAUUAAGGUCGAGAUUGGUGUAUACCUCCCGAGCAAUCCUGAUGGAGUCGUUGUUGGAAUCGACCGAAAAUCUGGUAAACCACUACAGAGCCACGCAAAGGCUCCGUACAUGGCAACAUUUCGGAUUCAAAAAACAAGGGCCCCUGGGGAUGAACGGGAUUCCCAGGGCCAAUCCCGCCCGUGUACUGCUGGCCAUGAUGACUCGACGAAGACCUUCUCGGCGCCUCUGCAUUCUCCUUCAUCCCAAGAGACCUACGAAGUUUGGCAGUCGGCUAUCUUCAAGGUUGGUGAUGACUGUCGCCAGGACAUGCUGGCUUUGCAGAUGAUCGCGGCUUUUCGCAGCAUCUUUGCCAGUGCAGGGCUUGACGUUUGGGUAUUUCCCUACAGAGUGACUUCGACGGCUCCUGGCUGCGGAGUAAUUGAUGUUCUUCCCAACUCCAUCUCUCGUGAUAUGCUAGGUCGUGAAGCAGUAAAUGGUCUUUACGACUACUUCAUUUCCAAGUACGGUGGGGAGCAUUCCAUGCGUUUCCAGGAAGCGCGAACGAAUUUUGUGAAGAGUAUGGCUGCUUAUUCAGUCAUUUCUUACCUUUUGCAGUUCAAAGAUCGGCAUAACGGUAACAUUAUGAUCGAUGAUGCAGGCCAUAUCAUACACAUUGACUUUGGCUUCUGCUUUGACAUUGCUCCAGGUGGUGUACGUUUUGAGCGCGCACCUUUCAAGCUCACAUCCGAGAUGGUGGCUGUCAUGAGUGGUACUUCACAUCCACAUGUCCAUUCACAUGGUGGCUCGAACGGCGGGCUCGGCUUACCUGGAGGGCACUCCAACAACCCAACUUCUACACAGCCGUACCGGUGGUUCGAAUCCUUGGUAAUAAAGGCAUUCCUGGCAUCCCGUCCCUUUUGCACCAAGCUCUCUCAUAUUGUGUCUUUGAUGCUUGAUAGCGGCCUGCCGUGCUUCAAACCUGAUACGCUCAAGAACUUCCGUGACAGGUUUGUGCUAGAGAAGAAUGAGAGGGAGGCAGCCGAGUACAUGCGGGAACUCAUUCGCAAGUCCUACAUGAGCGUUUCAACAAAGGGAUAUGAUCAGUUCCAAUUAUUGACAAACGGAAUACCUUACUGA